ACAACGAGCCUUCUCUCUGUUUGCGACUCACAAUCCUACUGCAGCGCCCGUCGCGGUAUUGCAAAAGUCUCCCAGAUUACGUGCGCUGUCAAUUCUAAUCGAACGUCCUUUUUCCGGCCAUCCGUCACAAGCUGCGCGCGAUCGCUCAGUAGUAGCGCGGGGCAUACCGGUAGCUCUUUGGCCGAGUACUUCCAAAGGCCGAUGACGACUUUGCGUGCUUUGUAACCCAUCAACCCCGAAAACCUCCUCGGUCGCUCCCCUCUUACAGUCGCAAUUUGCAGGACUCGAUUUCAAAAUUCAACUGGAUCUUCCGCGGACCCCACCUGCCCCGGAAUUGAACGAAAGCGGCUGGAUGACGGCGUGAAGCUUGCCCGAUUUCGCCGAUCACAUAUCUUUCUUUAGUUGAUCCUUCACACAACCCAAAACUCCAUCAUGGCGUCGCCAGCUCCAGAGCAGCCGCCGCAAUCGGUCCGCUUCAGCGAUGUCAAUCAGGAAAUCGAGCCCGAGAGCGCCCUCCGGCAUGUGACUGGCCUCACUGGCGCGGGUGAGACAAUGAAGGAGCCAUUGAGCCCGCAGGCGGAGCAGGAGCUACGUAAUCUAUCUUCGACGCUGCAGCAGUCUCGUGUACAGGCGAAGCGCAUGGAGAACUUUUCGUUUGAGCCGGUCUCGCUGCCGCCCUCACGAGCACCUUCCCCCUCACCUGCCUCCCGCACGACUUCUGGCCAGUCCUCCCAGCACCGCUCGUCAGUCGCACAGGCCAUACAAUCGCCGCCGUUGACACCCGCGGGCACAUCUUCCCGCGAUGACAGACCUACCAGCGGAGUUGAUCAUACGAAGAAGAGUGAUCCUGCCUUGAUGACCCCCCAAAUCUCCCCUCCACACGAGCCUCCGCCAACCUCAAUGGACUCGUCUGUCAAUAAGGACGUUGCAGUACCGGGCUCCCCGCAGCCAGCGCCACGAACUCGACCCAACUCGGUAAUUGAACCAGAUGUUGUGCAACCUCACCCCAUGCACGGGCCGUCAUUCACAGUUGGACCAGCCGGUGAUUCUUUGCCAGCUUCAAGGGAUCAAAGUCCGUCCGGGUCAGGCGGAGAGCGGACUCCUGGAUAUCACUCUCCCGGCACAUCCACGCCAACAUCAAUCGGCCGCCCUUUCACACCUCAAGGCGAUCAGCAUGACCCAUACUCCCGCUCGAAGCGAGCUCCUCAGCCCAAGAACCUUGAUGGACUCGAUGCGCGUUUCAUUUUCGGUAGCCGUGAUGGUCGCGGCCGCCGCAACCAGUCUGCAUCUUUAUCCAGCACCACAUUGCCGAGGUCUAGGGGUACAGCGUCGGAUAAGGAAGAUACUGGCAGCAAUAGAACAAGCAUCUUCGGUGCCACUGGACGACCUGGCAGUCGAUACAGUUCUGACACAGAGACCGACUCCAAGCCGCACAAACAUGGACACGAUUCCAUGUCGAACCUAAAGCGGUUCUUCAAGAUCGGCAGCCACAAGCACAAAGACAAAGACAAGGAGAAGGAGAAGCACAAGAGCCCUGCGCCAGUCAUCAAGCGCGAAAAGCCGAUCAGGGCCAGCAAAGCAGGCGUGAUGACACCCCCAUUGACCAACGGGGCAGCCAGCGUUCCCUUUGCAGACGACCAUGGUCUUGAGAGCAAGUACGGAAAGUUUGGCAAAGUUCUUGGUUCUGGUGCAGGAGGCUCCGUCCGAUUGAUGAAGCGUAGCAGUGACGGUGUCACAUUCGCCGUGAAGCAGUUCCGCGCCAGACAUUCGUAUGAGUCGGAACGCGACUACAACAAGAAGGUGACCGCAGAGUUUUGUAUCGGCUCCACUCUCCACCACGGCAACAUCAUCGAGACGAUGGAUUUGGUGAACGAGAAAGGCAACUAUUAUGUUGUAAUGGAGUAUGCGCCUUUCGACCUGUUCGCCAUUGUCAUGACAGGCAAGAUGAGUCGAGAAGAGAUGACAUGUUGCACCCUUCAGAUUUUGAACGGUGUGAACUACCUGCAUAGCAUGGGUCUGGCUCACCGAGAUCUGAAGCUGGACAAUGUCGUGGUCAACGAGCACGGCAUCAUGAAGAUCAUCGACUUUGGAAGUGCAGCAGUAUUCAGAUAUCCGUUCGAGAACGACGUCGUCCUUGCGAAUGGUAUUGUCGGUUCUGAUCCCUACCUCGCUCCUGAGGUGUACGACCUUUCGAAGUACGACCCACAACCUACGGAUAUCUGGUCCUUAGCCAUCAUCUUCUGCUGCAUGACACUGCGUCGAUUCCCGUGGAAGGCACCCCGAGUCUCGGACAACUCAUACAAGCUUUUCGUCUCUCCGCCCAACGAUGGUCCAAAGUCCAUAACUGGACCUGCAAAAGCUUCUACUGAUCUUCAACAUGCCGCUGACGACCACCGAGCUGGCACCCAGUCCGCGCCAGCUUCCCGUCAUCCUUCUGGAGAAGGCCAACAGUCCAAUGGCGCUUUAACAGUAGCACCGAGCAGCCAAAGCCAGCAACAACCCCAGGUGAUUAAGGGGCCUUGGCGUCUUCUGCGACUUUUGCCCAGAGAGAGCAGGCACAUCAUUGGCAGGAUGCUCGAAGUUGAUCCUAGGAGGCGUGCUACACUUGAGGAGAUCAUGAACGACAAAUGGGUCCAGAACAGCCAAGUGUGCUCGCAAGAAGAUGGCGGUAAGGUGCUUCGCUGCGACAACCACGAGCACACGCUCGAGCCAGGUGCAGGUGCAUCGGCUCCCAACACGCAACAAAAGAAGUGAGCUUCAAGCACACAACAUUUCUACUUGCUGUCUUACCGCUCUUAUCUGAUGAUUGACAUCGGUACAGUGCUCUGCAAAGACUCAUCGCGUUCGCAAGUACUCAGAGGCGGCGGUUUUCAUAGUCAGUGUUAUGCGCUACGACCGCAUUAGGAGUUCUGGACAUAUAGCAGGCCGGCGUUAUUUGACGCUUAUGUGCAACUUGGUUACGAUAGAUUGGUGGGUGGUGGCUUUCUCAUUGUUCAGCAAGAACCAACAUCCCUACUUCAUGUAAUGUACUCUCGAAAAUACGCUCGAGCGCGAGCUGUUGUUAAUAGGAAGGGGAGCGUAAGAUGCAAACACCCGGCGCCAGGCCUCGACAAAUGAAACGUUGACGGUUGACAAGCGCAUAAUGCCAAUUUUAUAGCUCUCGUGCGCUCCUUUACUCGCUACACCGCCAAAACAAC